AUGUUCCGAAUCGCAAUCAUCGGCGGUGGCCUUGGCGGCCUGUUCGCUGCCCUUGCCAUCAAACAUCACUGCCCAACCCAAGCCAUCGAGAUCGACAUCUACGAGCAAGCAACCCAGUACAGCGAAAUAGGCGCCGGUGUCGGCAUUGGCCCGAAUGCAGCUGCUCUCAUUGAGAAGCUUGGCUUGAUGAAGGAAGCUUUCGAAAUCGCGGGGAAGAGAGACGGCAUCUGGUUUUCUUUCCUGCGAUAUGACACUGGGGCAGAGAUUGCUACAAUGGAGAUGCCACGGACAGGUAACAAGAUGCAGUUACCCAUGCAUCGGGCGGAGUUCCUCGAUUUGCUUGUCCGCGCCAUCCAGCGGCGCAGGGCGGCCACGCUCCAUACAAACAUGCGCUGUGAGAAGCUGCUGGACCACGGAGAUACGGUGCAGGUCACCUUCGCCAACGGCGAGACGAGAUCCGCCAACCUAGUCAUCGGCGCUGAUGGUAUUCACUCUGUUGUACGGUCACACUAUGUCCAAGAUGACGCCCGAUACGGCGACAUGAUCGUCUACCGCGGGCUCUGUCCCAUCGCCGACAUUGAGCAGGACUGGCCACACCCGACUUAUGCGACCCUAUCCGUGGCCCCUGGAAAGCAUUUCCUCACGUUCCCCAUCAGUAACAACAAGACUCUGAAUGUGGUGGGCUUUGUCACAACGCCGUGGGAGAAGAUCGACCAGGGAAAUGUCAAAGAGAGCUGGACUCUUGUCGGCGACAAGGACGACAUCAGGCACGAGUACAGGGACUUUUCCCCGGCCGUCAGGAACGUGAUUGAGAAGAUGGAUGCUAACCCGCUCAAAUGGAUCCUGUUCGACCGACAAACCCCGUCGCAGUGGGUAUAUUCUGGUGGCAAGGUGGUGCUCCUGGGAGAUGCGGCGCACGCCAUGUGUCCUCACCAAGGUUGGUGA